ACUCUCCCGUCUUGUCCCUUCAGCAUACUCCCGGCACUUUCCCGGGCAUCUGACGACUCGCUGCUUCCUUCGUAUCUCCCUCAGCUAUGCCAACCAAACUGCUCGCUGCUUUCUUCCUUCUUUCAGUUUUCCAAGCUUGCUCCAGAAAAAUUGAUGACGAUGAUUUUGAAGAUCUCACGAUCAAAAACCAGAAGUGGGUGUUGGCUCCAACAUUGCAAGAUAGAGAUACUACAAAUAUUUUAAAUAACCUGUUGAAGGAAUAUGACAAGAAACUUCGUCCAGACAUUGGAAGAAAACCAACUGUAAUAGAUGUAGAUAUCUACGUCAACAGCAUUGGCCCAGUUUCAUCAAUUAAUAUGGAGUAUACCAUUGAUAUCUUUUUUGCUCAAACCUGGAUUGACAGUCGUCUGCGAUUCAACAGUACAAUGAAAAUUAUCACUUUGAACAGCAACAUGGUUGGUCUCAUAUGGAUCCCAGAUACCAUCUUCAGAAACUCCAAAAUGGCUGAUGCUCAUUGGAUCACCACACCCAAUCAACUACUUAGGAUAUGGAAUGAUGGGAAAAUCUUGUACACCUUGAGGCUUACAAUAAUCGCAGAGUGUCAACUUCAGCUCCAGAAUUUUCCAAUGGAUGAACAUUCUUGCCCUCUCAUCUUCUCCAGUUAUGGAUACCCAAAAGAUGAGAUGGUUUACAAAUGGAGGAAGCACUCUGUUGAAGCUGCCGAUCAGAAGUCCUGGCGACUCUACCAGUUUGACUUCCUGGGUUUGAGGAACACGACAAAAAUUAUUGAAACAACUGCAGGGGAAUAUGUCGUCAUGACAGUCUACUUCGACUUAAGCAGAAGAAUGGGAUAUUUCACGAUUCAGACCUACAUACCAUGCAUUUUGACAGUUGUCCUCUCCUGGGUCUCAUUCUGGAUCAAAAAAGACGCAACUCCUGCCCGGACAGCACUGGGUAUCACGACAGUACUAACAAUGACAACACUCAGCAGCAUAGCAAGAAAGUCACUACCAAAGGUCUCCUACGUCACUGCCAUGGACCUGUUUGUCACCGUGUGCUUUUUGUUUGUCUUUGCGGCAUUGAUGGAGUAUGCUGCCCUGAAUUACUAUACGUGCUGCAGGAAGCCUGCGUGUACGAGAAAGAAAAGAACACUUCCCGAUGCAACCAUUGGCUGCAGAGUGAAGCACAAUUCUCACUGUCAUGGGUUCCCAAGUCAAUACGAGCAGGACUGGAAUGGGGAACGCAGGCGCGAAUGGUUCUUCACUCAACAGAAAGCAUCCCAAGAGAACUAUUCUGUGCUGAACCUGGGGCCGUCCUCUUCAGUAAUUACCAUAAACAAUUCAAUGUACUGGCAGGACUUUGAGGAAGCCUGCGUCUAUGAAUGCCUGGAUGGUAAAGACUGUCAAAGCUUCUUCUGCUGCCACAAGGAAUGUAAAUCCGGCUUGUGGCGAAAAGGACGGAUCCAUGUAGAUAUUUUGAAAUUAGACACAUAUUCACGUGUGUUUUUUCCUACAACGUUUUUGCUAUUUAAUCUCAUCUACUGGGUUGGAUACCUCUACCUUUAAGUUUCUGCCUGUACCAAUGAAGACUUCCUUCAUUGACACUUGUCCUGUAACUCUGUCGGAAAAAGUGGAACUACCUGAGGUGAAGUAACAUCUGUUCUUUAUUUUUACCUCCCAUUACAUUAAUUGCAAAUUCGUUACAAAAUGGCGGAUGGAAGCAAAGAGCAGAAGGUGUAUAUAGCUGACAAGGUGUCUCUCCAAGGUUGUCAGCUGAAACGCUUUUUUUUUGGACAAUCUUGAAGUGAAUGGACUGACCCCGCUGAAUUGAUGAAUUAUAGCCUUAGUUUUGCAUUCGGCAGCAAUUUUUAGUAACUAUUCACGAGCCUGUUGGAUAGUCAGAAGAGCCUUGACUUUUAAAUAGCUGCAUGAAGAAAACAAAAAAUUAGCUAUGAGCAAACUAGGCCAAAACAUAUUCCUCUUCCCAAGCUAAUUAGAGUAAGCGAAGGCAUUUCUGGCCAUAGCAACCGAUGAAAAGAGUUUCUUUUAGGUCUAAAUUACAGAUGAUUCAUGCAAAUCUAUUUGUAUCUGACACAACAGGUGUCGACAGGUGAAAGCAACAUUUUCUUUGGGGGUGAAAAAAAUCUAGGUGUAUGCUGUGUCUGUUCAUGAGCAAAACUUCAAAACAAUGUUGGGUGAAUAAAGUGUUAGACUGUAUGGAAAAUUAUACAGCACUUCAUAUUAUGUGGGUUUAAUUUGGUAGUAUGAUGUUAGAGGUGACUGAGUUAAACUAGCUGAAAAUAUUGAUGAAAUAUUAUCUAGGUAAAAGAUGGUUCAUUCGCCAUCCAUUCAUUCUUAGCAACGAUCACAAUUCUGCUUAACCCUUUGAGGACUGAGUUGGUAUUCGCACAACCAGAUUUUACAAAGAGCCACACCUAGGUCCAUGUCCUGGAGAAUUUCGGAGCUUUAUCAGUGGAUCGAAGGAACAUAUCCCACAUCACCAAAGUGUACCUAGGCUUGAAGGCAUCAACAUGAUAGUUUGAAUGCAUCUGUGGAGGUAUCAUGUACCACUUGGAGAAAGAGGCGAAGAGAAUGGGAAAAACAA